AUGCUACACGACGAGGAAGAUCCACUCUCGAGUUCUAUUUUCAACAUUGGCAACGCGUCGUCUUCCUUCUUUGGAACUUCGUCCAAUGCUACCAAUGGGUUAACAACAUCGUUCUUUUCUCCACACUAUGACGACGAUCCUUGGAGUACUGUUGUCGACGAUAGUCGUCCUAUUCAACAACCAUUUCAGCCACCACCACCACCUCCACCACCCUCCAUGUCAACCACGCCAGCAGUAAUAGCUUCAGUGGAUAAUCAUGAUACGUUAUUUGAACCAUCCUUGACAACUGUAUUAAAUGGCAUCACAUUACCCGACAUCUACGAUACUGCUUUUGCACAGCUGCAGGUCUCGGGAAGAGUUUCCAGUUUUGCGUUACGUGAUUGCUUGGAACGCAGCGGUGGAUUAUCAGGUAGCGAUACCGACAAGAUACUUCGGAUUGUUCUUCCGGAUGGUGGAAGCUAUGUCGAUAAAACAGAAUUCAAUGUUGCAUUGGCUUUACUUGCUUGUGGACAACAACGAAUGGGUAUAUCGUUGAAUACACUUCAACGUCAUCGUUAUGCCUUACCAGAACCGAUAUUGGAAUCACCGACCCCAUCCACUUUUCAGCAACAGCAACAACAACAACAGCAACAACAGCAACGACCACCAUCCAUUCGCACCACCGAUCCACUCAAGCAACAACAACAUGAAAUUGCAUCACCGUUAAAUGGCAACGAGAGUCCAAAGAUUAAUGGGGUUUAUCCAGGGAUGGACAAGUCUUCUGAGCACAGCACUCCUCGUGUACGAUCACCCGAGUUGAAGCAUCAUCAUAGCAACGGCAGCCAUAAGGCACUUGAUACUCGAAAGUGGUUCCAUCAAGUAGAGGAAAUCAAGGUUACAAUUGCACCAGAGCGUGAAGGAUUUAUAUUCAAACAUGUCAACUAUAUCAUCGAGAGCCAAAAGCGAUCAUCCAUUGUGCUACGACGUUUCAGUGACUUUUGGUGGUUAAUGGAAGUUCUCGGGCGACGUUAUCCGUUUCGUAUUUUACCCAAUCUACCACCUAAGAAAGUGGGAGGAAGAGAUUCGGCCUUCCUUGAGAAACGACGCAAAGGGUUAUCUCGAUUUAUUAAUGCUGUGGUGCGACAUCCUGUACUCAGGAACGAUGAUGUGGUGAUCAAGUUUCUAACCGAGCCAUCGGAAUUGGCAGCGUGGCGUAAGCAAAAUCCACCUUCAAUCGAGGAAGAAUACCGACGCACUGAACAUGACAUGAAUGAGUUGAAAAGCAUGAUACCCAAUGACCUUGAUGAUCAACUCAGAAAAACACGGCAACGAAUUGGAUCGGCCAUUGAUCAUUAUGUCAACCUUUGCUUUAUCAUGGAACGUAUCAUUCGGAGAAUGCAUGGGCAGGCCACGGAUUAUGUCCGAUACAGCAUCGCAUUAAAUGCUCUCGCCGAAACGGAGCAUCGAUACCACGCAUCCGAUUGCACCGAAUGUCAGCAAGUCAUCCAAGGAUAUGAAAAUGUCGCAAAACACAUGCAACGUGAGAGCACAAUUUUGGAAAACCAGGUUAAUGCAGCCGCAGAUGGCGUUUUGGAGAACUUGAAGAACUUUCGGGACUUGCUUGUUGCAUAUAGAGAACUCGAUGAACGAAGGGAAAAGUUGGCAGCUACACAAAUCGAUUCCUUGACAAAACGAAUAUCUGCAAAUCGUGCCAAAGUGAAUCAAAAUAAAGGUGUCCCUGGUUUAGAGGCUGAGGUGGCAAAGUUAGAAGAGUCGAUCAGGACGGAUGAACGAGAGCUUCAUGAUCAAAAAUGUCGACAAAUCUUUAUACAAUUUUGUAUGUGGUCAGAGGUUAUAUACUUGCACAAGCAACAAGCAUUCGUAUCAUCGUUGUAUCGAAAUUACGUCAAGGGAACAAGCCAGUAUUCAAGGCAACAAGCUGAUAAUUGGAGUACUUUGGAAGAACUUGUUAUGCAGAUGCCAGUAGAUCCUCCUCUAUUUAACUAG